AAAUCUGUUCAAUCAAAGCCAAUCUGGGUCCGAAGAAUCGGCAAGAGAACAUCAUCGAUGCACUUUCGAUGCGAAAUCGAAAAGGUCCGGCCAGGGAGUAAACGGUAUUAUUUGUGGAAGGAAAUAUGAGAGUGAGCGCCGGUGUGUGUGUGUCUGUGUCUUCUUCUACUGCUGUAUAUGUCUGUCUUCUCUGUUCAGCUUUGCCGGAGAGAAAAAAAAAGGGCCGUCAGAAAUAAAGGUUGCCUAUAACCGAACCAAGUGAACCAACCCACUCCUCUACCCUUGUGGGGACGAAGCAAACACACAGACACAGAGAAGACUUGUUACUACUACCAGCCACCAAUAAUAGCCCUCUGUAACCCCACCAUUAUUCUCUGCUAGACAACAACGCCAACAUGGAAAGGGGCAGUGGAAUGUCGAUAUACGGGGACAUGUAUAGCAAGCAGUUUGCUCAGAGAAGCGGCAGUUCACAGACACAAAGGAUCAGCCACAGUAGCAGCCUCCCAGGGGGCAAGCAGAUUUCGAUGGGCCACCACACUUUGGAUGCCCAGAGAAUACAACACAUCAGCCAGAAUGUCUUCCCUACCGACGUUUAUGGAAACCCAUUCACACAAAACUGCUACUUUCCUUUAACGCCCGAAAGAAUGCAGCUUAUGACGGCUCCUGGAAGUUGUUUCGGUGGGACCAGCGGCAGUGAGGGCUCGGGUAACUGCAACCAGGGCAGCAACCUCAGCGCCGAUAGUGGUUACCACCAGAAGGAUACUGCACCGGUGUCCAUAGCAGUUGCACCAUUACAAAAGAACACGAUGGUGUCCUCGAUGACAUCGGGAAACGACUGCAGUUGCAGUAACUGUAGUUGUUGUAGUAGCGACAAUGUUGUGAACAGCAACACCAACAACAACAGCAGUAUGGCCAAUGAUAGCAGUGGCGGAGAUAAUGUGAAAAGCUCCUACUCUCAAGCCACUGUGUCGUCCACUUCUACUUCCAACAGCUGCGGAGAUUCUGGCCAGAAAAAAUUCAUCCAGGCAUCAAAGUCUCCCGCAACUGUACAGCCUUCCUAUGCUGCAUCGAACCAGUCGUUUCAACGACAAGAGCGAGCAAGGGAGAAGCAGUUGUUCUGUGAUUUUUGUGGGAAACAUUUCACGCAGGAAUAUUUGAUGCACAACCACCGACGCACCCACACGGGGGAACGUCCGUUUGGUUGUGACAUCUGCGGCAAACAGUUCGGACGUAGGGAUACACUUCAGAGGCACAAGCGUAAUCACGAGCGACCCCAGCAGAAUAAUGUUGUGACCUCCCCUGACAUAAACGACAGUAGAGGCAACAUGGACGGAUGCAUGAGGGAACAAUACCACCCGAAACAGACUCAGCCCACCCCAAUGGUGACAAACGUUGCCAGGAGAAACAAUAGCAUGAGUAAUGUCCAGACUUACAACAACCAACAAAUGUCAGAGCCAGGCACGGUUGUUAUCAUGCCGUUUUCACAUGAAAACAGCGGCAGUGCUGAAGAUAAAAUGAGGUCCCGAAUCAAAGGCGAGGCAAUGCCGGCACAUUCUGGCCUGGUGCCACAGAUGCCUAACCCCCAUGGCGACAGAUCCUCAAAGAUGUAUCAAUGUGACAUCUGUUUCAAGCCGUUUGCUCAACGCCACUACUUACGCAUCCACAAGAGGUCCCACACUGGAGAGAAGCCUUACCAGUGUGACUUCUGCAUUCAGAAGUUUGCCCGACGCGACACCCUCUUGAUCCACCGUCGCACCCAACACACAGGGGAACGACCGCACCACUGCGAGCUGUGCGGGGAAGCAUUUUAUCACCGUUCACAGCUGAAGAUGCAUCGCAGAGCAAAGCAUGUCCUCAAGGCCAGCAACAGCAACAGCAGCAACAACAGCAGCAACACCAGCAACACCAGCACCCACAACAACAACAACAGCAACAACAACAACAUGGCUCAGUAUAACAUGAAUAAAGAUCACAACAAUAUGAACCUAAGCAAUGAAAACACAGGGAUGUUUGUGUACAAAAAACGUUACCAGUGCGACUACUGUUUCAAGCAGUUCGCUCAACGCUAUUACCUGCAAAUCCAUCGACGGAUUCACACUGGCGAAAAGUUGUUGCACUGCGAUGUCUGCUACAAGAAGUUCACCCAGAAACAUUAUCUCCAGAUCCACAAGAGGACCCACACUGGAGAGAAGCCUUUCCAGUGUGACUUUUGCAUUCAGAAAUUUGCCCGUAAAACCACUCUUCAAAUACAUCGCAGAACCCACACAGGAGAACGGCCCUACCAAUGUGACGUGUGUCUCAAACAGUUUGCACAACGUGAUAAGCUGACAGUUCACCGACGCACACACAACCCAAAGCGCCGGUACCAGUGUGACAUCUGCUUCAAGCAGUUUGCACAACGCCAUUACUUACAGUUGCACCAGCGAUCCCACACUGGAGAGAAACCAUUCCAGUGUGACAUCUGCUUCAAGCAGUUCUCUCGUAAGAAUUCUCUGCAGAUGCACACUCGGUCGCACACUGGCGAGAAACCAUUCCACUGUGACAUCUGCUUCAAACAGUUUGCCCAGCGCCAGUACCUUCAGCUGCACAAGCGCACACACACCGGCGAGAAAGCCUACCAGUGUGACAUCUGUGCCAAACACUUUGCCCGGCGCGACACACUGCAGCGCCACAAGCGCAUCCAUCUGAAGAAUUCCAUGAAUCCGUCCAAGAACAACAUGGAGGAACUGUCACCUAUGAACAACUAUUUAUGGCAGCUGUAAACUGAAGUGGCAGACAAGAGAGAAAGAGAGAGAGUGGGACCAUAGCUCUGGCCUUGGAUAUUCCACCUGGGAAAACAAUGUAUGUGGCCUUUGUGGUUGUGUAGUAGUAUGAGAGUCUGUCUAUAUGUAGACAUUCACAUAUACACACACAUAUUUAUAUACACCCAUGAGCUUUUGCAUAAACAUCUCAGAUAUUUUGUAUAUACAUCACACACAUAUAUGAAUAUAUAUGUACAGAUAUAUAUAUAUACAAAUAUCUGUGUAUGUGCCAACCCUAUAUACACAUGUAUAUCCACAUGUACACUGCCACAUACAAAGCCACCUGUUCACAUGUAUCCAUGUGGUUUUUGAAAUCUUCCCACUGCAACUUUUAACACUAAAACAAACAACAAAAAAAACACAGCUGUAAGCUUUUUUUUUUUUAUAUAUUCCUUACCAAACACUUUACAGCAUGGGUUGGAUGGGUCUAGAAAUUCUCACUGUUUACAUGGAAAUCUCAGAACAGCUGUGUAUACCCUGGAUUCCCUGAUCCCUCUUACAUCAUCUAUCAAUGAAACACUGGAAACUGCAAAAUUUCUUCUUUUCUUGGCUUAUAUAAAAAUAACCCAACAAAACAAAGCAAAAAAAAAACCCAUUUCUUUUAAGGAAACUAUGCAACAACUUAAUUUGACUGGCCAAAACAACAUCAACAACAUGAACAUCAUCAUCUCUGAGUGCAUCAGACACCUAUCAUGGCAAUUUUUUUGAUAUAUUCGUACCAAUUCUCCAAAUUUUUUUACACAUAAUUUAUUUUUUAUCUUCUUUGCUUUUAUUAGAAGACAGCGGAGUGGUGGGGAGAGGGGUUGUGGGGUGUAGAACCAGUGGUAGGGUGUAUAAUUGGUCAAAAGUGUAGAAUCAACUCAGUGGUGGUGUAUAUAAUGGGUGGAAUGUGAAGUUUAGAAGUGGUAUGGUGAGGAGAAUAUGCCUGUCCUAGCUCCCUCUACAUUCUGAGUUUAACCUUAUAGCUUUCAAACUGACCAUAUCCAGCCCAAUUAUUCUACUUGUAUUAUGUUCAAAUUUGCCAAAUUUGGCCCCUCACACCAAUUCUAAUCACAUGACCAAAAUCUCAAAGCUACAAGAUAAUGCAUAAUUAAUUCAAAAUAACGAAUAAACAAACAUUACAUUCAGCAGGAUAAUUUGAAUGCUAAAGGGUCAAAUCUCACCAGGUUGACCUUGUGGUUUGGUAGAAUAGAUACCAAUGAAAUACUGGGGUCAGUCCCAUUGAGGGUGUCCCCCUCUCCUGACAUGUUUUGAUGCAAGAGGCCAAUGUCCAGCGUCCACAGAUGAUAUACGAGCAGAAAGGUAGCAGCAGUGCGGGUUGUAGCAUUACUGACCACUUUGGUCCUUAUCUGAUGGUCAGCUGGUCUUUAGCCACAAGGUCAUGUAGGGUCAACAUGUGGAGAAAAUCAGAGAUUUUACUAAUACAUGUAGAAGUUACAGGGAGAGGACACAGAUUGAUUGUGGGGCAGGAAGGGCAUACCAAGCCGAUCUGUUGUACUAUAUAGGGGUUUGUUUUCUUAGGGGUCAGCAAUGCUUGAAUUUUAUUGCUAUGGAAUAGAGGGCCAGUGGUCUAAUCUAGCUUGGACUUUGUUCAUAGAGAAUGUCAGAGGUUAGCAGGAAAUCAUUUUGUUAGUUUAGUGAAAUGGAUUUCACCAUGGGACGAUUUAUGAACAUCUUAACUGCAUGGCCAUAUACCUGCAACUCAGUUUUCAAAUGACAUAAGCAUAAAGCUUAUAUGUUGUAGACAGGGCAGUGAUUUAUUUUAGUUUUUGGAAGUGUGUAUAGUGAGUGGUAGCUGUAUGCAUACUCCUAUACAGGUGUAGGCUGCAGCUAAUGGCAUCUCAUGGCAGUCACAUUUGAAGCUUUAUAUCAAAAGCAAAAGUCUCUUUUCCCCCACAGUCCCAACAUGAAAUAAUGUGGUUCCCCGUUGAUGUAUUUCUUUACAUAGCAGUGUGUAAUGUGUUUAGAAGAACUUUUAGGAAGAACAGCUUCGAUGGGUGAGUUGCCAAAAAGAGACCAGUAGACUAAAAUAGAUGUGGUUUGAAUUGAAAGAUGCUUUCUGCUGCUAGCUUGUAUUGCAUCUAUUCUCUUUGAUCCUUCAAUGAUGCAGAUACACUGUACGCUUUGGGAUAUUUGUAUGAACGGAAUAAAAUAAUGGAGGAAUCAGCACCUACCACAACGUCAACAUUUAUAAAGCAACCAUUCUUCCGUUGGUUUGACUGAGGGAUUUUGAGUGACCAGAUUGAUCAGAGAUUUUGCUUUUAGACAUGUCAAAUAGUCAUUUGAUUAAAGUGGAAAGUGACACACACCGAAAUUAGAAAUUGGAUUGAUGUUCCCAAAACAACAAGCUUAGCUUUAGCCUUAGGUCCUCCUCUGCUGUUCAAUGCAUUGGACAGCAAACCUCCCUUGUGGGUGGGGUGCAAGUGAAAUACUAAAUUGGGGUCCCACAGAAUUAUAUUAAGGGUCAAUGAGAAAAUUUUGCUUUAGAUGUAUUUAUUGCAAGAAACGGGUUUCUUUCUCAAACAUUUUAUAUAGUUCGACCUGUGCAAAGCGAAUAUGUGAAUUUUGAAAGAAGUAUCUAUAAAAUGAGUUUUUAAACAUCGAAUGGCUAUAGGGAUCCAUCAGAAUAGAACAGGAAUCAAAGGGGUCCAUAGAUAAAAAAAAAAUGGUUGAGAACCCCUGCUCCCCUGGGUUCAAUCGGUUGCUAUUCUUGCCCAUUUCAUGUAAUGUCGACUGUCUUCAGGUCAGCUAAUAAGUUAAUCUUUUCUACUUGCCAUCUGGUGGAACCCCCAAGUUGUGGCUGUUUUUUCAGUGCCAUUCCCGGCUAGAGAGAGAGAACGUGACCAACCAGGCAGAAUCAGAGUUUUAAGUCUUAUAUAUGUGUGUGUGUGUGGAGAAAGAGAGAGGCAAGACCAGAGAAUUGGUUCUGAAAUGAUUUACCAAAUGUCAUAAAAGUGAGCAAAUAAUUUCAGAGUCCUUCAGUUUUAUUUUGUUUUUCUCUUCUUCUGUGAUGGAGUUGUAAACACUGGCUGCAUGUCAUGCACCUUGACUCUCGCAUGUCCUUUAAGUUUAUCUCUAGAUUUUCUAUAGAAUUCAUAUAUACAUACAUGCCAUCUCAAUGUUUAUAUAUGUGUGUGUAUAUGCAUGUAUGUCUAUAUAUAUAUAGUAUGUGUGUGUGUGUAUAUAUAUAAAUAUUAUCGAUCACACAUACAGUGUUUGUAUUUGCUGAAUUUACUGCAAGAUAGCAUCUGGAAAAGCUCCCUACACAGCACUGAGUGUUAAAAAACACCUGAAUUAAUAUACACACAUUAUCAUUCCCAAGCUGUUUCCGUUGCUAGGAUACCUGAAGAUUUUUUUUUAACCAAUCUCCAUCCUCCAACACUCAGUGUUGGAUUCCCUGAGCCCUGACCUAUAGAAUUCCAUAUUGAUAUAACUUCCUCUGAUUGGAUUCAGUAAUUCUUAUUCAUCCUAGUGGCAUCCAGCUCCUCCCAAAAUAUGGAAGUUGUGGCUUUCAUACAGUUCCUCUACCUUUAAUGGGUUUUCUUAUUCUAAUCCUUCUGGCCGCACACACGUCUUCCUUACUGGCCAGGCCCACUGAUGGACCAAUGGAUUUACUGGCCCCCUUCAACAGCAGCUGGAAAUGCUUACAAAUAACAGCUUACCGUUUCCAACAGCCUCUAAUGGAAUAUAAAUAUAUGUUGUUAUUAUUAUUAUUAAGGCAGAAUUGUCAGCAUGCCGGGUGGUGAGAUGCUUUGUGGUAUUUCAUUUUCUUCACAUCCUGAGUUCAAAUUGCGCCAAGGUCGACUUUGCCUUUCAUCCUUUCAGGGUUGAUAAAUUAAGUACCAGUUGCGUACUGGGGUUAAUCUAAUCAACUGGACCCCUCCCCAAAAAUCUCAGGCCUUGUGCCUAGAGUAGGAAAACAAAAAUUAUUAUUAUUAUUAUUAUUAUUAUUAUUAUUAUUAUUAUUAUAAAGGCAACGAGCUGGCAGAAUCAUUAGCAUGCUUGUCAGUAUUUCAUCCAUCUCGUUCCGAGUUCAAAUUUCACCAUGGUCAACUUUGCCUUUCAUCCUUUCAGGCUUAAGUACCAGUUGCGUACUGGAGUCAAUGUAAUCAACUAGACCCCUCCCCCAAAAUUUCAGGCCUUGUACCUUUAGUAGAAAGGAUUAUUAUUAUUAUAAAAAUCACAAGCCUUGUGAAAUACAACUACCUGGGGUUUCCUGACUGAAAUAUUAAUUUUGCCAUUUACCAGAAACCUAAGCUCCAGUGACUGUGUAAAUACCCAGAGCGAGAUCUUUUUCUUUAUAGUAUGCUGUUUAAAAGAUACAUCUUGGUAGAAACUAAAGAUAAACCACCAGACACAUCAUAGGCCGUUCCAGUAUUGGUUUAUGUAAUUUUGAUAUUCAUAAGACACUGGUUAUAUUUACUGUGAAGUUAAUUAUCUCCCCUGUUUUUCUUGUCUUUUUUUAAAUGUUCUUGCUUAUUCAAAUGUCAGUUGCAUCGAACACACUUACCAAACCAUCUUGUUUUUACCAGCUUGAUAAAUGGUGAAAUGAAUUAAUAUUUCAGCAUAUAUAUAUAUACAUACACAUGCAUCAUUAUUUAAAACAGCUUGAUUCAGUUCCAAGUGACUUAAAGUUUUACAGGCUUCUGAUAGAAACUCACUUCAAUCAGGAUUAUUUUACCAAAUCUAUAUGUAUAAAACAUAUGCAGGUAUUCUGUGUGUGUGUGAGUGUGUAUAUGUAAAACAAACUAUAUUUCUUCCAAGAAUAUCAAGGAUUAAGUGGAAAUCAAGGGAGAGAAAUUCUGUUUGCUUAUCUGUUUUUUUUAAUUUAAUUUUUUUAUAACUUUCCAUGGCGCUCUCUGCCCCCCCCCCUCACUCCUUUUUCUUCAGGCUCUUGCAACUUGAUAACAAUGUCUGAGAGAUGUGAGACGACAUGGAGGUUGCGUGGGACAGCGAGCAAGGGCGGAGGCUUGGAGGGAGACAAAACGAAUGAAAGACAGGUCAGGUCAAGUGGGGGUGGGGGGGUGGAGAAGAGCUGUGCGAGGAAGUCUGAUAGUUUUGAUGGUAAAAGUUGGGGAUAGGGGAAUAAAAAAUAAAAAAACACGGAGUAUGAAAUUCAGUUUAGAGUGAAUCAUUAUUUGACAUACUAAACAACAUGAUGGCCAAUUAAUUAAUAUAUAUAUAAAUGAAAUAUUGUACAUAUAUUUUGAUCAACUUUUAAUCUUCUCAUCAGAAUAUAAUAAUCGUUUGUAUAAAUCUUAUUUCACUUCCUAACGCUUUAUUUCUUUCACAAUGGACAGCUUUUUUUUACUUUCUUUUAUUUCUCUUUUUUAUCUUUUUUUUUUUUUUUUUUUUUUUUUUUUUUACAAUGAAGUAUAUUAAAUAUUUUCUUUCCAUCCCAUAUAUAUACUUAUUAUUAUUAUUAUUAUUCUCAUUAUUAUUAUUAUCAUUGUUGUGCCGGCAAUAUUUCUGGGCAACAGACUCAAAACACCCACCCAAACCAAUUGCCUUGUCAAAAAUUAAAAAAAAAUAACAAGAAAAUAAAUAAAUAAAAAAAAUAAUUUCUUGCUUUU